CAGAGUCAGAAGGACGAAUUAUUAAGUUAAUGCAACUCUGUGAGCUCUGUGGCUUGGCCAAGGACCGAGGAGGCACGAGGGUGGGACGGGACACUGCCGCAGCGGCUUGCCCAAUUCCUCGUAGGAUCUGCCUGCCCUCUUCUGUCUCUGUCGUACCCAGAAAAUACGGAUACAAUUAGCCAGUUCGAGUCCAUCCCGCGGACGAAACAAACCCACCCAACCGCCUGGCUUUAUUUAUAUCCCCCCUGCCCACAUAUUACCCGCUCGCCUUGGCCCCACGACUCGUCACCAAUCGUCACUGGUGGCCUGCUUCCGCGCCAUCGAACUGCCUCUCUCCCACGACUGCUGUGACUGCGCCGCUGUGGUCCAGUUCGCCCUCGUCCUGUUCACCCCGACCCGAGCAUAACUUCUCUCUCUCCACUGCACGAGGCAGCGAUCCUGGAGGCAAGGGCGCCCGCGCAAUGCCACUUUGGUGACACGACGUCCGCGACUCGGCCCACACCCCUGCGGAGACACCGGCAGACCUGCGCCCCCAGCCUGCUAGAAGUACUCCGUAGAGUAGAAGCGACAUCCCCCGAGUGCAAAAGCACCCCCUAAUAAGCCCAUGAUGGACGCCCGUUCCCCAGCAACCCCAAACACGCCCUACGGCCAGCCAAGCCAGUACAAGGUCAAUGUCAACCGACAGAAGACGAGGAAAUGGGUCGAGGCCAAGACCCAGAAUUAUGACGGCGACGACUGGGGAGGAAUCGACGACGAGUUCGACGACGACGAUGCCCACGACACCGGCAGCGCAGGCGGGCGCCAGGACUACUUCAACCAGCCGCCGCAGGCUCAGAGGCCCGGGAGGCUGACGGCGGGACUGCGGGCCAUAUCCAGCAGCGGGCCACCGACGCCCGGGUCGGGGUCGGGCGGCUCGUCGCCCAGCCUCAGGCCGAGCGAGCGCAUAGCCCUGGAGAAGCAGGCCGCGGGCAACAGGAGCGCGAGCGGACCGCCGGCCCUGCACAUCCAGACACCGGGCAAGACGGCGACACAACCGCCGCCGCCGCAGGUCGGAGGGCCGACCGGGCCUGUGGGCGGUGCGGCGUCCCCGUCCCCGUUCCCGCCGCGCAAGAGCAGCAUGACGAGCCAGGACAGGCCCGACGUGACCACGACCGCCGACGCACGACCGCCACGCACGAGCUCGAGGCCAGAGUCCCCGGCAAGCGCGGCGAGGACGCCAGCCUCGGCGGCAGGACCACCGCGGUUCAUCCGACCGUCUGAGAUCUACAAGCGGAUGGAGGAGGAGAAGGAGAAAGAACGUAGGUCAAUGGAGUCGGCGGGACGGCCGAGCCUGGACAGCAUCGGGGGCCCAAGCAGCAGCGAGGAGGGAGGCGACCCGACAAAUGCCCGGAGGCGCCCGAGUUUCGGCAGGAACGAUGAAGGAGAGGCCAACCGCAGCUUGCGACCCCUGGAAUCGGUGGCCGAGAGGAAGAGCGAGUAUGGAUUUGACGGGCUGAUGAUCAACCCAGCAGAACCAGCGCCCCAGAUGCCGACCCAGACCCAGACCCAGACCCAGGCCCAGGACGAAUCCCGGAAUGCGAGUGUGCCAGAGCCAAAGCCAGACCCCAUUCCCGAGCCCGAGCCUGCGAUGCCCUCACCUCCAGAGCUGCACCACCCCCAGGCAACCACCGCCACAGACGCCCCGCCCGAACCACUCAAGCGUUACUCCACGAGCCCCAAGCUGCCCCUCCUCUCGAGGCUGAGUGGGUUCGGCGGCGACUUCUUUUCUGGAGGUGCAGACUUCAUGAGCGACUCGCCCAAAUCUUCAGAGCCCCCUCCUACCAACGCCGAGCCAACGCGUCCAACAGGAGACGAGCCAGCCAACGCGCCACAGCCAACAGUAGCAAAUGACGCACAACUCAGUAAGCAACCGCAACCGCAACCAGAGCCAGAGUCAGAGUCUCUUGGAUCCAGCCAGCCAAAGCCAAAGCCCUUCCGCCCCUCGUUCCCUGGAGCCUGGGUCAGCGAGACUGCCACCACGCCUGGAGACAUGGCCACCCCUGGCCUUGGAGACAACACAGCUGACGUCCCAGCCCAUCAACCUAUUUCCAUCAGUGAGAGCCCCGACGACGCCCACGACGCCCACGACGCCCACGACGCCCACCUGAGACCUGCGCCUUUGCGAACACCCUCCCCUGGCAGUGCAAGUGCAUUCAGCGCCCACGACGAUCAACAACAACACUCCACAAGGUCUGGACGUGCCUCGCCCGCUAAUCACCACUACCUCAAAGCUACAGCAGACCGCUCUGUGGAUGCUCUUUCGGGGCGAGACAACGAGGAUAAGACCGGUCCCCGCCGAGACAUGACCCCGAUCGCACCCUUGCAGCCCCGCAAAAAGUCGUUCGUGGUCGAGGACGACGCGGCCCCGGCCCCUGCCCCAGCCCCAUCCCAUCCCAGCAAUCCCAUCACGAGAGUCGAGACCUUCGGCACGGCGGACAACGCGUCGCCACUCAAGGAGAGCGAUGUCCUUCGCGACGAGAUCAUGCGGAGCCUUAGCCCGGUCCGUCCGCCCGGUGGACCCAGCGAGCCUCCCCGGGAUGAGAGUGCGGCCCGCGAGAGUGCUUACCUGAGUGAUGUCUACGGUGACUACUGGUCGGGCGACGACAAACCAUCCGAGGCCGGCAAUCCUCUCAAACUAGGCAGCCUCCGCGAACUCGAAGCUGCGCCAGCAGACAAAGACGAGGCUGCGGAUGCCACUCCAAAGCCUCCUCCACAUUCAUCCUUCGAACCUGUGACGACCAAUGCGGCUCCACCACCCAUCCCAGCUGUCGAGCCAGAAGCCGCAAGGCCAGAGCCGAAGCGAGAGCGCUUCUCGUGGGAGGCAGGGUCUACUUUUGGUGGCCCCAGCUCGGCUCAAGCUUCACCAACGAAGCAGCCAGACCCAGAUUCCACGGACAACCUGACAAGCCCCAUCUCUGCAUCGAGACAUGAGGACCCCACAAGCCCAAGCGGCGACGGCCGCAGCUCGCCUCUCUUGUCCCUCCCGACCAUGAACUUUGGCGACAGCGACAUAUCCCCCACAGUGGUAUCAGCAGUAAGCACGCUUCCUCAGGACCAGGACAACCGCACCACCAGUGACAUACAAUCCCCGCAGUCUAACACCACCGCCGAUCAGGACGCCUUCUCCCCGCCACCUGACAGCGCGAACAAGCACCUCUACCCCACCGAGGACAAGAUCCCGGCCCAGUCGCCAAUGUCGCCCCUGUCCCCGCUGGAGCCCAUCGCGACGGCAGACGACGAGGAGGCACAGCGCACCACAUCGCCGCCGCCACAGGAACCACCGGAGGGCGUCCCGCUCCCGCGCAGCCCAUCACCCACGCAGCCGGGCCCAGCCGCCACCACCACCCCCACCGGCGGCGCCGAUGAGAAGCGGCAGAGCCAGGCGGCGGCCUACAACAUGAUGACGCUCAAGCAGAUCCUGUCGCUGCCGUCGCCCUCGGACCGCGUGCAGAAGAUGCGCGAGACGCGCGAGCACAUGGCGGCCCUGGAGACGGGGCUCGCGGCGUGGCUGGCCGAGAUGGCGGCGCGGCCGGCGCACGAGAACGCGAUGCCCUCGUACGGCUACGCGCUGUCGGGCGACGACGCGGAGCUGUGGGGCACCAAGGGCGGGGCGGCGCGGAUCCCGCUGAACGCGCCCUCGGCUCCCGGUGGGGGCCACGACGGCGGGGAUGGGGAUGGUGGUGGUGGUGGUGGUGGUGGUGGUGCGCCGCACCCGGGCAUGGGCCGCGCCGCCAGCACCAGCAUCAACAUGGGCAACCUCGUCAUGCACUCCGGGCAGGCGGGGGCCAAGGGCAAGGAGCUGCUGCACAGCGCCGGCAAGAUGGGGAAGGGGCUGCUGAGCAAGGGGAAGAAUAAGCUGAGGGAGAGGGCGGAGAGCAAGAGGGCCUAGGGAGGGGCUGGGGCCGCAAGAGGGCCUAGGGAGGGGCUGGGGCCCGUGUGAGACGAGACGGGGGUGGGAAACGAGACGGUUUGGGUGGUGGGUUGUGGUAAUUCCCUGAUUUCUUCUCUUGUACUCGGUGGUAAGUAGGGUUGGUACUUGCUGUAUGUGUUGGGAGGGAGGGCGAGGAGGGCAUAGCGCAUUGUUUUGUGCUUCUUCUUCUUCUUCUUCUUGGUACCAACUUUGUUUGUGCCUUUUUGAUUACUUGGCUUCCCUCUUUUUUUUUUCUUCUCCAAUCCGUCCCUUGUUCUCUCUCACUCUUCUUCUAUGUCGACUCUGACUGGAUAGGAGGCAAUUGGCGGGACUGCAGAAUGAGAGAGGAGGCGGAUAAAUGGGUGGUUACUUGGUCGGGUGGGAUGUCUAUGUAAUCUAUUUUCCCCCCAAGGCAUAUAAUCCGGCUGGUCGGGCACUGGCUGGGUAUGGGCGUUUUACGAAGCACAAGUGAGAGAUAGCAGCAAAUUGAGGAAUGAACUGCUCUAUUCA